AUGAGGCCCGCUACCAACUCAACAGCAGUGGGUACAGCUCAUGGGGAAUUCUGGCAUCGGAAUUCACCCGUUGCUUACGUCUUUGUUGGUCUAGCAUUCAUGUUGGGGCUUAUCACAGUAGCAUUGAUAAUUCUUGCUUGCUCCUUUAGAAAAUCUAUGCCCAACACAUUAAGAAGCGAGGCUGAAGAUGAAAGUCCAGUGGAAUCACAGGUAGAUUUUGAGCCAAAAAUUGUUGUGAUCUUGGCUGGGGAUGAGAAUCCAACGUAUUUGGCCAAGCCUGUUUCUUGCAAUUGUCACAAGGAACAAGUUUAA